GCUUAACUUGAUUUGAUUUUCUCAAAGUUUCUAUUCCAAUUUGAAAUCCCUAAUGUUUUUCGUCGUUUAUGGUGAGACCUUUGCAUGGAUGCAAUCGGUUUUUUAUCUUCGGUAAUUGUCCUGUAUUGUCGUGCAAAUUUUAGAGAAAAUUGACUAAAGAAUCGGAAGGGUUGAAUUGAGAGAAAAUGAGAAGUGUUUGAGAUUUUAUUAACAAACAAAAGCAUAACAAGGCGAAAAAUCGUAGUGUUUAAUAAAAAAAAAAAUGUGAAAUAUGUGCUGAUGUUUUUAACUAUUUAUGUUUUGUUAUAUGAGUUCGAUUGGUGAGACGUUUUGUAUGGUGCGGUACAAAAGUACGAUUUCAUACAAUAUUGCAACGUUUAUUUUUCAAUAAGUGUACCGAACCAAACAACAGUAAAGACACGAAUGCACAUGCACAUGUAUUCAUAUAUAUCAACAUAUAACAAUAAACAUGGAUUAUAUUAGCCUUGGAUGCUGCUCUUUGGCCUUCAUACUGUAUCUGAAUACAUUAAAUUCAGGUUUUGUCUACGAUGAUAGGCGUGCUAUAUUAUCGAACAUGGAUGUUUCAGGCAGUAGUUCUUGGCAGAAUGCUUUUGUAAAUGAUUUCUGGGGGACAGCAUUGACCGAUUCGGGUUCUCAUGGAUCGUAUCGGCCGUUAUGUGUGCUUUCGUUUCGUCUCAAUUUUAUUUUAAGCGGAUAUUCCCCAUGGGGGUUUCACUUAGUUAACAAUAUGUUGCAUUGCGUAGCUACAGGCUUAGUUGUCAAGGUGGCAAGGCAACUAUUGUCUUCUAUGUGGGGAGUGAUAGUGACGGGAACGCUUUUUGCUGUCCAUCCCAUACACACUGAAGCAAUAGCAGGAAUAGUGGGACGUGCUGAUGCGGCCACCUCGAUAUGCUACAUGUUGGCGUUUUUAGCUUAUCUACGACACAUGAAUUGGCGAAUCCGAAACGAUCAACGUCAAUGGUUAGCUUUAGCCUUUGCUAUUAUAACGUCUGUUAUCGCGCUGCUAUUCAAAGAAACGGGUAUCACUGCUCUAUUAUUAUGCGUAAUAUUUGACUUGAUAUGCACUCUUUGCGGACAAUGUGAUAAGAAUCGACUGCGAUCUAUUUGCAUCGUUCUUUCAUCGCUCGUGUGCGUCGCAUAUAGCCGUUUGGCGUUAAUUCCAAAACCACAAACUUCGUUCUCCUCGGCAGAUAACCCUAUUUCAAAAACGACUUCAGCGUGGACGCGACUAUUAACCUUUAUUUAUUUGCCAGUUUUCAAUUUUAAAUUACUCGUCAGCCCGCACGUUCUCAGCUUUGAUUGGGGAAUGGAUGCUAUACCUCGCAUUAUUUCGAUUUUCGAUGAACGCAAUAUAUUGAGCAUAACAUUUUAUAGUGCUAUAACCUAUUUGAUAUGGUAUAGUUAUCAGGCGUUGCUUGUCAGACGAAAAUGUGGCGCAGGCAAACAAAGGCCGCAAACUUAUGCAGUUAAUGGUUGUGAUCCUGGAAGCCAUUAUCACUUGCAACCUAAGGUUCAGCGAAAAUCACGCACUAAACAUAAAUAUGUUCAACGGCAGUGUCAAUCUUCAGAAGGCUUAUAUGUGAUGAAUUGUGCCAGCAGCAAUGCGUCCUAUACCCCAGGAAACAGCACAACAAACUUUUGGAAAAAAGGUUGGCUGCGCCCAUAUACAAGUGGGCAAAUUUGUACGGAUUGCAAGCAAGAGAUAAACUCUGGACAACAUUCCGCUUCAUGCCGAGCCUUGAAUAAUAAUAACGUAUUGACGUAUAACACACCAAAUGUACUGAAUAGUGAAUGUUGUUGUCAUCAGUUGAUGUCUUCCGGCGGUACAGCAGCGCCACAACUUUUUUCAUUAGCAUUACAAAUAAUUGCACGCAGUUCCCGUAGCAGCAGUAGUUGCAGCAAUAGUACAACAGCAAGUAAUAAAAGUUCCGAUAGCAGCGCUUCCUCUACCUAUAGCUCUAGCUCUAGUUCAUCUAAAUCCUCAUCAUCGCAAUUAAGCAUUGUCAGUCCAUACGAAGACCAGUGGAUGCAACAUCGCGAAUACAUAUUUUCUCAUGCAUCAAACAGUUGUGCAAACGCUUGCGUGCUUAUUACAUCCUUAGCUUUUCUAAUACUUCCCUUUCUGCCUGCGACGAACUUAUUCUUCUACGUCGGCUUUGUAGUUGCGGAACGUUUACUAUAUUUACCUAGUGUGGGCUUUUGUUUAAUAGUAGGUUUUGGAUUAAGCAAAAUAAUGGAUUUCUUAAGAACACGUAGAAUGCAGAGAACCAAACAGAUGAUGAUUAUAAGUCUGUGCGUGGUACUGUGCACCUUAAGUGCACGGACGGUACUGCGUAAUCGGGACUGGAAAGAUGAGGAAAGCUUAUACCGUAGUGCAGUUAGGGUUAAUCCACCAAAAGCUCUCGGAAAUCUAGGAAGUGUCCUUAGUUCUCAGGCUCGUUAUACGGAAGCCGAAGAAAUUUUACUAGAAGCUAUUAAAUAUAGACCUAACAUGGCUGAUGUACAUUUUAAUUUAGGUAUUCUAUAUCAAAAUCAGAAGAAAUACAGUUUUGCAAUAGAAAGUUUUAAGAAUGCAUUGAACUUUCGUCCAAAUUUAGCAGUGGCCUACUUGAAUUUAGGCAUAUCGCUUAUAGCUUUAGGCAAAUGUCAAGAAGCCGCUCAAGUUUUGCAGGACGGCUCACGGCUGAAUGGCACUGGGGUUCGAGAUCGAAAUUCUCAUGAAAAUGCACGCAUAUCGUCGUACCUGCAGUUGGGAGCUUUGUAUGCGGAUCAAGGCAAAUUGCAACGUGCCCUGGCAGUAUAUCGUGAAGCUUUACACGAACUUCCGCAUAAUUAUCAUAUGCGCGAUGUUCUCUAUUAUCGCAUAGGUGACAUCUUCGGCCGACUACAAAAGUGGGAUGAAGCUGAGAAGCACCAUCGAGCGGCCUUGAAUUUGCGACCUAAGGAAGCGGGCGUUCAUCUGUCGUAUGGAAUAACCUUGGCACGAAAUAGCAGCAGGGCAUCAGAAGCUGAAUUUUGGUUUAAGCGAGCCUUGAAGUUGGCACCUGAGCAGGCUAGCGUUUACCAUCAUUACGCCGAGUUUCUCACAUCGCAGUCACGCAAUGCGGAAGCAGUCUCCUAUCGAGUAAGAGCUGCAAGGCUGGCUCCAAAUGAUUACUCCUUGGUAGUAGCAGCUGCUACAGCUUUAAGAUUAAUGGAUCGUAAAGUGGAGGCUGAAAUAUUGUACAGGAAGGCAGUUCAUUUAAGACCUUACGAUGCUCAUGCACACACCAAUCUCGGUGCAAUUUUGCACCUCCUUGGGCAUACAAGUAAAGCUGCUGCUAGCUACAAAGAAGCUUUAAGACUGCAACCUGGAGAUAUUACUACAUUAAGUAAUUUAGCCAAAUUGGGACUAAGAAAUACAGAAUAAACUGCGCACAAAAUAAUAAAAUAGAAAGAAAUUAACAAAAUUUACUAUACUGUAAGUUUUCAUACAUACAUACAUACAUA